AUGAGAAUAUUGACGUGGAAUAUAAAUGGAAUUCGAGCCGCAAAGAAACCUUUAAAGAGUUUGUUGGAUUCUUUGGAAGCUGACAUUAUUUGUCUACAAGAAACAAAAGUAACUCGUGACCAGCUAGAUGAGGCCAAUGCUGUUGUAGAAGGAUAUAACUCGUAUUUCAGUUUUUCAAAAGGAAGACAAGGAUACUCAGGUGUUGCAACAUUCUGUCACAAUGACUUCACACCUCUAGCUGCAGAAGAAGGACUGUCUGGAAUCCUCUCAUCUUCAGCAGGAAAUGAGGUUGUUGGUAACUAUGGCAACCAAACUGACUUCACAGAUGAAGAAUUACGUUCCCUUGACAAUGAAGGAAGAGCCUUGUUAUCACUUCAUAAGAUAAAAUCCAGUGCAGGUAAAAAUGAAGAUGUUGUCAUUAUUAAUGUGUACUGUCCUCGCUGUGAACCAGACGACCAAGAAAGAUUAAACUUUAAAUUGAGAUUUUAUUCUUUGCUUCAGACAAGAUGUGAAGCAUUGUUAUCCGCUGGAAGACAUGUAAUUGUUGUUGGUGACAUGAAUGUGUCUCAUAAAGCUAUCGAUCACUGUGACGCUGCUGUGAACCCAACAAAACCAAGACAAUGGAUGGACCAGUUCCUGUGUAAAUUAUCUGAUAUGGGAGAGAUUAUUGACAAAACAUCUGAAGUCAAUCAUCUGAUUGGUGCAGUUGGUAUCAGCCCUGAAAAGGUUUCAAAUUACAGCCAGUCCACAGGUUCCUUUGUGGAUACAUUUAGACACUUCCAUCCACAACAGCAGGAAGCAUUCACAUGCUGGCGGACAACUACAGGGGCAAGACAACUCAAUUAUGGAACUCGAAUUGAUUAUAUUCUUGCUAGCAUGUCACUUCAGGUUGAGCUGCUGGAUUCGAUUAUCAUGCCUAAUGUGGAAGGCUCUGAUCAUUGCCCUGUGAAAGUUACUCUGAGAUGUACUUGUGAAACUAGCAAGAAAAUUCCUACAUUAUCCACAAAGCAUAUGCCAGAGUUUGCAGGGAAACAACAAAAGCUUUCAGGUUUUUUCACAAAGGCUGCCAUUGAAUCAUCCCAUAUCAAUACAACACCUGAAAUAGAUUCCAAGAUAUCUCAUCCCAAAUUAACAAAUCAUUAUGAAAAUUGUAGUGCCAGUAACCUUCUUAAAAGGACCUCAUCUGCAAAUGAAAGCAAUGCUACAAAGAAACAAAAGACUACUAAUCGGCCAAAGAUGCAUGGGAAUAUUUCAGAUUUUUUUCAGAAGAAGUCUGUCAGCAAAACCUCUGACCACCCAAGCAUACAAUCGAAAGACCAGGUUAUUCCACUUGAAUGUGCUAUUAGUGUUGCACCAAGAGCAGGGGAAGAUGCGUCACAUAGUAUUCCAAUGCAAUCUGGCAUGAAGGAUGAAAAGAAAAAGGUAGCUGCGAAAUGGAAAAAUAUGUUAUCUGGCCCUAAACCCCCACCUUUAUGUCGAGGUCACAAGGAACCUUGUGUUUUAAGAACCGUUAGAAAGACGGGAUUGAAUCAGGGCAGGCAGUUUUAUGUUUGCACAAAACCUGAAGGCCCCAAAUCAAAUCCAAAUGCGAGAUGUGAUUUCUUCCAGUGGGCUGAUAAGAAAUAACUAAAAUGAGUGACACAUUUGUUUAUUAGCAAUGAUAAUUGCCAGCCUCUUCACGAGGGAAGUAUGCUGUGUUCACUUAGUGAUCUUAACCUAUAGGUUAAACACAGUCAACUAGACACAGUGGUUUUCAAUUGUACCAGUCAACAUCACUUAUUGUGCAAUAUUUCUUUGUCACAGUAGCAAUUAAAA